CAGGGAGGUGGGGAAGGAGGUGAGGGCGGCGGCGGCGGCGGGGUGUUGGUUACGGUGAUGAACUAUACGGGCGAUGUGCUCAACUUUGGGGUGGGGGUGGAGAAGGCGCGGGCGGCCGGGGUGGAGGUCGAGAUGGUGGUCGUGGGGGACGAUGUUGGGGUUGGGAGGGCGAAGGCGGGCAAGGUCGGACGGAGGGGCAUCGCAGGCACCGUGCUGGUGCACAAGAUCAGCGGGGCGCUGGCGGCGCAGGGACGCGGGUUGAAGGAGGUUGCGAAGGUCGCGAGGUUGGUGGCGGAAAAUCUGGUGAGCGUUGGGGCGAGCUUGGAACAUGUCCAUGUCCCUGGGAGGGCGAAGCCAGAUGUUAACUCGGCCGAGUAUCUGAGGGACGGGGAGGUCGAGAUCGGCAUGGGCAUUCACAACGAGCAGGGAUCGAGCAGGGAGGUGGUCGAGCUGCCGGAGCUGGUGCGGAAGAUGCUGGCGCAGAUGCUGGACCCGAGCGACACGGACAGGGCGUUCUUGAAUGUCAAUUCGAACGAGGUGGUGCUGCUGGUGAACAACCUGGGAGGCGUCAGCGUCCUGGAGAUGGGCGGCAUCGUGACCGAGGUGGUGUCGCAGCUAGAGAAGAGCUACGGCAUCCGGCCGGUGCGCAUCCUCAGCGGCACCUUCAUGACGAGCCUCAACGGGCUCGGCUUCAGCAUCACGCUGCUAAACGUGGUCGACACGGGCAUCGGCGGACCGAGCAUGAUCGACUUGCUCGACUACCCCUGCGAGGCGACCGGAUGGUCGUCGCCAAUAUCGAAACAGACGUGGGAGGAGAAGAACACGGCAACUUUGGAGCAGGACGCGUCCCUGGGGGGGAAUAUCAAGCCCAGCGGCCUGACGAUCGACAGCACUGCCGCGCAGCAGGCACUCACCCGCGCGCUUCAGGCCGUUGUCGCCGUUGAACCAGAAGUGACGCGCUACGACACGGUCGUAGGAGACGGCGACUGCGGAAUCGGACUCAGGAGGGGUGCCGAAGCCAUCCUGACCCACCUGCAGUCGCACCCAUUGUCCGGAGACGCAGUAGUGGACUUAGGCAACAUCGUCCCCAUCGUCGAGAAGGAGAUGGACGGGACGUCUGGCGCGCUCUACGCCAUCUUCCUCAACGCGCUCGUAGCCGCCCUGAGAUCGCAGGGCCAAGGCGAGGCGACACCGAAGGUCUGGGCGGCGGCACUUAGGCAGAGCUGCAGCGCCCUCUCCAGGUACACGCCGGCCCGGCCGGGAGACCGCACGCUGGUGGACGCCCUGUACCCGUUUGUCGAGGUGCUCGAGAAGACGGGGGACGUGAGGCAGGCAGCCCAGGCAGCGCAGAACGCGGCCGAGGGCACCAAGGGCAUGAAGGCCAGCCUGGGCCGGACCGUGUACAUUGGCGGGUCGGGCUUCGAGCAGGUGCCUGACCCCGGUGCCUGGGGGCUUGCGAGUUUCUUCCUGGGGCUGGCUGGGGUCAAGAAUGGCUGACGAGGGGUGGGAGCAGCUGUGAGUGAGCGAGGGAAGAAGUGUACUCUCGUCGGCUGCGAAGCCGGGGACCUAUAAGCAGGUAACAGGCAACGUUGCUCAGGCAGCUGCGAAGUGAAUAUUGGGUUAUUUCCAAGUUUGAAUUGCUGCUUUCGAUGCGUUCUUGUGACCACCAACCCGCAAUGGAUAUAGUGUAUAGCGAUAGUCUGUUUCCGCCGAUAUUCUUCGAGUAGUCAACGGACCAUCCACUCGGUGUUGUCUCCAGUGUUGGCCCUUUAGGUCUGGC